AUGUUCUUCAGAAAAGCUGCAGGCAGCGUUACAGGAUCCAUUGCAGACGCGCUUGACGACAGCCAGACGGACCCGAGUCAAUGUGAACCCGUCCCGCUGAAGAACCGUGUGGCUUGGUACCAGGCCGCGGUCUCCAAAAAGGAGAGGAUCGACUCCCCCAGCGGGGUCAUGGAGGAAGCUGAGGUUUGUUCUCCACCUGGGGGGCUCGCCAGCGUCCGCAGACAGUUUGAGAAGGAGAUGUCCACCGCUCACACGCUCGCGCAGUUUCAUCUCUCACACAGAUCUGUGCAGGAGGUGUCACAUUCAUCAGCGAUGAGUACGGUGAGCAACGUUGGGAGUCGACAGGUCUCGCAGCAGGUCGUCCUCCAGGAUGAAAGGGCUGCGCAUGUUCAAAUCACUCACCAGGAGCUUGUUUGUUAUGAGAAUCAUAACAAUGAAUCUGAGGAGGAAGAGUACUAUCCUCGGCUCUCUGCUAAAGAACUGGCGCAGCAAUUUGAGAAGACUAUUGAGGAAGCCGCCCCAAGCAAGAAAAUUAAGAUUGAGCGUAACAUCAGCCGUUUAAUAUCUGGGACUACGACCAGCGUUGCGACAGACAAACCAGAAGCGAAUGAACCAAGCCCCAUUCCUCCUGUCGUUGAAGAUGAGGAUGAUGAAGAUGAUCUGGAUUAUCUGCCGCCACCACCACCAGAAUUACUGGAGGAACCAUCAGAGAUUCUGAGUUUCCCCGAACCCCCAAAGCAGGAGCACUUGGUGAAUAAAGAGCAAUACUUCCGACAACGAGAAUACUUGGAGCUUAAACGGUUGUGCAAACACAUUCACCCUGAGGUCAGAAAAGACUUGGAGAGGGAUUUCUACCAGGACAUAGAUGAGACGGAAGAUGCCAUCAUAGCGAUCGGAGACGUUCAGGACACAGCGUUCCAGUUCGAUCACUCUGGCAGAAUCCCAAAUGGCAGCCCCGAUCGUGAAUACCUGGAGUGGGAUGAGAUUCUGAGAGGAGAGGUGCAGUCCAUGCGCUGGAUGUUCGAGAACAAACCUUUGGACUGCAUUAAAGAUGAUUCUUCUGAUAAUGAGACGGAGAACAAAAAUGAUACAGAAAUCCCCGCUGUAGGUGAUGUGAGAAACACCGCUUUGAUGUUUGAGACGCAACCCAUGGAGGCGCUGGGGAUGAAUCGUGAUACGGCUAAAAGGAAUUAUUUAGUAAAUGAAGUGGGGAAAAGAGACGUCCGUGCCGCCGCCUGGCUGUUCGAAACAAAGCCGAUGGACACACUUAAUAAAAUACACACGGAUGAAGAACAAACCAAAGAAAUCAUCUUCACGCAGGAAGCCAGCGAGAGGGACGUGAAGUCUGUGAGGUACAUGUUCGAAAACCAAGAGAUGGAUCCAUUGGGUGACACAGAAACCAUGGACGAAAAGCAGCUUCUGAGUCUGAAGUCUGUGCUGGAGGAGAUCAAAUUAGACGUGAAGAAAAUCAUAUGGUUGUUUGAGACUCAGUGCAUGUGUGUGAUGAGAGAGAACUCAGGUGCCAUGGUCCUUAUCACUUCCGUCCGCCGAGAAGAGACCGAGAAGGGAGAUGUUAAAACGUCAAGAUGGCUGUUCGAGACCCAGCCUUUGGAAAACAUCUAUCGGGAUCUUUCUCAGGUCAGGCUCAUCUCCAGUAUAUCCAUGGAGGACAACCAGCUCGGCGAGGUGAAAGCCGGACGAUGGCUCUUUGAGACGAAGAGACUAGACUCCAUCAACGCCCAAUGGGAAAGACUUCGAAAGCAGCAGACGGAGGAGAUUGUCAGGGCUGAUGUACGCAGACACUGCAUGGUUUUUGAGACACAGCCCAUGGACAAACUUAAAGACAAUUCCAACUCCAGGCCGGUCACCUCAGAGGAGAUCAUCGGGGGAAACGUUCGAUCUGUGAGACACUUAUUUGAAAGCGCUCCAGCGGAUGGACUGAAAGAUCUACCCGAGGUGGGCAAACUGAUUAAAAAGGUAGCAUUUGAAGAAGAAAGAGGUGAUCUUAGACACCAGAAAUGGGGGUUUGAGUAUAAACUUUUGGAGAAUAUCAAAGAUGAAGAGGAGGAGACGAGCAGACUUAAAAAAAACGUAACGUCUGAUGAGGAAUGGGCCGACGUACAACAUCAAAGAUGGCUAUUUGAAAACCAGCGUUUGGAAGACAUCGGAGAGGAAAAGAGAGAGUUUGUAAAAACAAUUGAAAGUGAACAAAUCGAUAGAAGUUACAGAGGUGAUGUCCGAAGAAACUGCUUGGCGUUUGAGACGCAACCAAUGGACACAUUAAAGGACGAUUCAAAUGCCAGACCCUUGACUUCAGAGGAAAUCAUCGGAGGUGACGUUCAGUCUGCGAGACAGUAUUUUGAAACCGCUCCCAAAGAUGAGAUGAAAGAGCUCGCCGAGGUGGGGAGGCUUAAAAAGACCAUGACGUCUGAAGAGAGAGGAGACGUGCGGCAUCAAAAGUGGGUUUUCGAGAGCAAGCCGCUGGAGCAGAUUGGAGAGGAGAAAAGAGAAAUAACAAAAACUGUCAACAUGGAGGAUAUUGAAAAUGUGGACGUUACCAAUUACAAGGAAAUCUUUGAAACGUGCGAUUUGAGCCAAUAUGACGAAAGCCAGAAGAUUCAAGUUGAGGGUGUGACCGCCGGCUCUGUGAGAUCGAAUAAACAUCUGUUCGAGUCCAUGCCGUUGUACGCUCUUCAAGACAGUUCAGGACAUUAUCAUGAAGUCAGAACCGUACGCCGAGAAGAAAUCGUGAAAGGAGACGUAAGAAGCUGCCAGUGGAUGUUUGAAACUCGCCCUAUCGACCAAUUCGAUGAGAGCAUCAGCAAAUUUCAGAUCAUUAAAGGCAUUACCCAACAAGAAGUGGAAUCUGGUGACGUCAAGACCGCAAAGUGGCUUUUUGAAACCCAGCCUCUGGACGCCAUUAAGUACUUCAGCAACAUUGAAGACGAGGAAAACAUUACCAGAGAAACAACAGAAAUCGUGAAAGGCGACGUACAAACAUGCAAGUGGCUUUUCGAAACCAAACCCAUGGACAAGCUGUAUGAAAAAGAAGAAUUCAAGAGUGCAAAUGACGCAAGCGAAGUUGAAAAAGGUGACGUGAAGACGUGCACUUGGCUCUUUGAAAAUCAAAUGCUGGACAACAUACGACAAGAGAGCUCGGAAACCGUGUUGCAAACCCGCACUGUGAGAAAAGAAGACAUUCACGGGAAAGACGUAAACAUGGCACGUGUUCUUUUUGAGACGGAGAAGCUGGAGAACAUCAUCGGUGAAGACGGAGAAGCCUUUAAGAGUGUCACCGAGAUAGAUAUCCGGUCCGGAGAUGUCUCGCGGAUGAAAUACAUAUUUGAGACCCAAUCUUCUGAUGCGAUGAGCUCGACCUCCGAAGAUCUCAUGAGACAGCUGAGGACCGCUCAAGCUGAAGAUAUUCAAAGAGGAAAUUUCGAUAACUGCAAAUGGCGGUUUGAAAACCAGCCCAUGGAUGCCAUCUCCGAGACGCCCGAUGAGCUGAAGGGAACACGAGCGGUACAAGACAUUCAGGGAGGGAACGUCCAUAAAGGCAGGUUCAUUUUUGAGACGUGCUCAUUAGAUACCAUUCAAGACGAGGCCGAAAUGAGAAAAGUCCAGCAGGUGGUCCGGGAGGAAGAGGAGAAAGGAGAUGUGCAAACGUACGCUAUGAUGUUCGAAACGCAGCCUCUCUAUGCCAUCCGGGACAAGGAAGGCCAUUAUCAUGAAGUCACCACACUCACAAAGGAAGAAAUACAAAAAGGUGAUGUCUUUGGGACCCGCUGGCUAUUUGAAACCAAGCCACUGGAUUCUAUCAGAGAGACGGAUGAAGUCUACCUCUUAAAAGCUGUAACUGAAGAAGACAUCCAAAAAGGGGAUGUCAGCUCGGCGAGGUGGAGAUUUGAAACCCAACCGUUGGAUAAGAUCGCAGAGGAUGGCAAAAUAUCAAUCAAAACUGUGGAAGACAUUCAAGGCGGAGAUGUUAAGAUGAACAAAGAGCGCUUCGAAUCCGAUGCCGUUUCUCAAAAGUUGGUGCGCACCGUCAGUAUGAACGAGAUUCAUAAAGGCGACGUGAGGACGGCCAAAUGGAUGUUUGAAACCCACACGAUCGAUCAGAUCCAUAAUGAAAAAUCCGAAGAUGAGAUGAAGACGGUUGUGAUGGAGGAACAGCUGAAGGGAGAUGUCAAACAGUCCGUGUGGCUUUUUGAGAAGAAUCCAUUGGAUCAUAUUAAUGAAGGUGAUGAGAGCAAACAGGUACGGCGUGAAGAAAUCCCCAAAGUGGAUGUGAUAUCCACCACGUGGCUUUUUGAAACCACUCCCAUCACUGAGUUUAAUGAAAGCAGAUUGGAGAAAACAGAAAUUUUGGGUAAAAGCGUGAAAGCGACGCUGGAUGAGCUCUACACGCAAAGGAUGGUGGACUCCAAAGGCAUCAUCAUAGAAGCGGAUGAAAUCGGGGACGUUCGCAUGGCAAAGUACAACCUGAUGAAUAAAGAAGCUCCCCAGAUUCAAAAAGAAGACAUUGUUAAAGCAGAUUUGCAAAACAUCAUGAUGAACCUCCUCAACAGACAGGAGAGCAUCGAGAGGGGAGUUAUAAUAAAUCUGGAGGAGAGAGGAGACAUCAGCGGCACCAUGCACCAGCUCCUCCAUCAGCACAGCGGCAGCACGCCGGAGAAAGAGGAGAUAAUAAGAGGUGACAUCGAGGAAGCCAUGAAGAACCUGCUUAAAGAGGAGAGCACAGGAAAACGGGGCAUUCUCAUCCAAGAAGAUGAGAAAGGGGACAUUCGUAUGACCAUUUACUCGUUGUUUAAUACCGAAGGGAAAUCGAGCGCUGAGAGAGAAGAUAUUGUCAAGGGCAAUGUGAAGGGAUGCCUGGAAAAACUUUACAAUCCAGACACAGAAGAGAUCGCCAGAAUUAAAGUGGAUGAGGAGGAAAGGGGUAAUGUGAAAAUUUUUUCAACGUGCAUCGAGUCGGGCGCGCUGGAUUACCUCAAACACCUCCAGGUGGGAACGGAUGAUUUGGCUGAAAUUGAAAAGGAAGAAAUCAUCGGAGGGGAUAUUAAAGGCAUGAAACUCAAUCUGACACGCAAUCAAGCCCAAAUCGGUCGUCUGGUGGACAGUGAAGAUAUAGUCCCAGGUGACGUUCAUAACACAGUUAAAGUUUUCAUGACCGAGCCACUCGUCUCGUUUGAUCAUUUACAGAAGGAGGAGAUUGUUAAAGGAGACCUGCAGGCCACUCUGAGCUCGCUGACACAGUCCAUAAACCAGACGGUCGUUCUGGAGAAAGAAGAAGUUGUUAGAGGUGAUAUACAUACAACUCUCCGGUCUCUAGAGGAAGCUCAGAAUCAGCCCAAAGAGGUGGAAAAGCCCGAAAUCAUUCCGGGGAACAUCAAAGGCGCAUUGAAAUCGCUCAAAGACUCUGCGUCCACCAAGGUGGAAACGGUCGUGGAAGAUUUAGUGGCAGGUGACAUCAAAGGCAUGUUGAAAUCCCUGCAGGAGGCCAAACAUGUGGUGAGAGAGGUAGAGAGGGAAGAGAUUGUCAAGGGUGAUGUUCAUAACGCAAUAAAAGACCUGCAAGAAGCUUCGAGCGAGAGAAAAGUUUCCCAGCAGGAGAUCGAUGUCCAGGGGGACGUGAAAGGUAAAAUUCAGCUUUUACUCGAUGCUCCUUCCUCACCCAGAAUGCAAAGGCGGGCGAGCACCGAGGGCGAUGUGAAGCUUUCCAUAAAAUCACUCUAUGAGACUCAAGAGCAAGUUCAGGCGGAGAAAGAAGAGGUGAUAAAGGGAGAUGUUAAAGGCACGAUAAAAUCCUUAAUGGAAACGGCACAGAGAGCAAGCCCGACGAUUCCCCGGAGGCAGCCGAUAAGAAAGGUCAAAGGUCCCGUCAAAUCCCAGCCUCCAUCAGAGAUCCAGACACAGAAGCAGAGCCCCGCGGUUAAGAAGCAGAAGAACAUGAAAUCAAUGCAAAGAUGUACGAUUCAUGAGAGCGAAAUGGUCACACGCAGUCAAGAGAGCACGGUGAUGGAACACAAAAAAAUCGUUCAGACGCAUGGAGUCAAAACUUUAAAGACGGACUUCCGAAACCUCAAUAGCAGCUGCAAGGGUUUAAUCAGAUUGGAUAAAACUAAAGCCAGAAAGAAUGAAAUUCCUCCGUCAGAGCCCGAACCGCCUUUACCACCUCCCCCCUCACCGCUUCCAGAUUACGACAGUAUGUUCUUCCCCGCUCCUCCUCCGCCAGUGUGCGAUCCUGCAAAAUCAGAUUUUGAGCUAUUCCCUCCCCCUCCGACCCCCCCGCCUCCUGCCGUGUCUGAGCAAGACCCCCUACCGCCCCCUCCCACCGAGCAAGAGUUAGACCUCCUGCCUGUUCCCAGCAUAACACCAGCCAAACCCACUAAAAUGACCGUCAAACCUGUCAAAGCGCCAAAGUUGUGCAAAGUACCCAAGCUGGAGCCUGCAAUCUCCUUUGACACAAUGGACAUGCAGGCGGUGAAUGUGAAAAAUGUCAGCAAAACCACCACCACAUCCGUCAAGAGCUACUCUGAAAUCCAGUCGGCUUUCAUCAAACAGCCACCCGAGUCUCCUCGCCCGCCCAAGAAGGUUUUCGCCCCGUUGACACUCACCCCACCCGCCUCUCCGCCUCCCAGCAAAUCCUCAGUAAGCAAAUUCAAAACUCCCUUAAUACAAGCCGAACAGAAGUUCAGACAGACAUGUGAGGAGAGCUGCACGCCGCCACGCUCUCCCGCUUUCCAAAUCCACAUGCACGAGUCGGUCACCACAGCCCUCGAUAUGCUUUCUUCAGAGAACACAAGCACGGUGAAGUCUGAAGCAGGCGUAUCAUUUGAUUUCAUUCAAGAGACGGCUGUGACCAAAUGCGAAUCGAGGGCAGAAUCGCGUAAUUCAUCCACGCCGGCUCUCGCAGACGCUCCCCUAAGCAAAGCUUUGAUGGCUGCCACAAAUGAGAAAUCUACUCCGGAAUCUCCUCUCAUUUCCUCAGCUCAAGCCAAUGUUAUCUCUUCGGGUCAGACCACCUCCGCAUCAUCUAAAAAGAAAAAGAAGAGAUCCACGACCACCAAUAUACAGAAGGUUACGUCUGUUACUCACACAAGCACGGUUAUUAACAAUGCAUCACAAGCGUCUGGAGGAGUAACGGCAGACAAACCUCAAAGUGUCUCUAAAAACGUAACUGCUGAGAUUGAGCACGCUGGUGUCAAUCAAACCAAAGAGAAAGAAAAAACAAGUUUGGAAAGUCCUCUAAACAAAAACCAAGGAAAUAACUCUCCCGAUCGAUCCAAAGCCAAGAAAGAGAGUCAGAUUAAGGAUCCUGAGCAGAAGGUGCAAAAGGCCGACGGCCAGAGGGGGAAGAAAGUCAGUAAGAGUGCCAAAGAGAAAACGACAGCGGAGCAGAUGCAGAGCGGGAAGGUAAUGCAGGAUAAUGUUCAGGUGACGCAGAGUAAUGAAAAAAGCCCAGCGGAAACACAGAGGAAACCGGAGAAAGAGAAAACAGAUGAGCCACCCGUCACUCCAAAAAAGAAGAGGAGGAGUAAAAGCAAGAAAGACAAAGAGGCAGCACAUCAAAGCAUCGCCAGCGCUACCUCUGUCACAGAGUCUAAAAUAACAUUAGAUAAAAAACAGGAGGAAAUCACACAGAGAUCAUCUUAUACAGAGGUCAUCAGAACUGAACGUUCAGUCAAACAGCACGAAGAAGUCACUAUGAAUCUUCUGAAGGAGACGGGUGAAUGCCAGCAGAUUGAAAAUGAACCCGCCGAGUCAUUAAGACAAGAUGAAGCACGCAAGAUGGUGUCGCUUAUCAUAGAUUUACAGAGAGGUGCUGGAAAAAUUGACUUUAAGUCUGUGAAGACGUUACUUAAUGAAAUGCCCACAUGGCUGCUUGGACCGGAGGAGAAGAGCGAGCUGGAAGGGGCGGCUUUGGAGCACGACGAACAUAAGCUGGAAGAACUUCUCGCUCGUGUUGAAAACCUUCUCCUGAUGUACUCUGACGGGGCCUACAGCCAUAUUGAAAAGCACGAACGGGAGGCCACCUCGGAAACCAUCCUAUCCGGUGGUGCAACGCAACGGAUUUCAAAGAUUACAAUCGGAUCGACAAAGUGUGAAAAGACCGAACAAACAAAGUCGCAAACACGCAAAAGCAGAAAGCAACAGACCGGCACGAAACCCCCCGACCCAUCCCCGCCCCCAUCUUUACUGAUGCGUUCUCCUUCGCCCACCUUCAUCACCAUCGAGUCCAUGAAGAGAAACGACUCGCCACAGAGAGCAGCAACACCACCGACACCUCCGCCACGCCGGUCUGAGACACCUCGCUUAACCAGAUCCUCUCCCUCGGCCUCCUCCAGCAGAGCACACAGUCUGACCCGGCUCAGAAACGCAACCGCCACGCUCUCACGAGGUGCCUCGCCCGAUCCCGCUCCGUGCGUGGUGCAGGUCUGUGGAAAGAAAGCUGAGAUUGUGGAAUCUCCGGCCACGUUUCAUCGUCAGAUUAAAAUAGACUCAAAACACGGCGACGAGAAGAAUGUCACAGAGGGGUCUUUUGAAAAGGAGCUGAUGUUGUUGGUUUCCGUGGAGGCAGAAAAAUGUGAGAUGGAGGGAAACAUGAGGCUUGGCGAUAUUCCCGAGCAUAUAAGCUCCAACACUGAGCAAAGUGAAGAGAAAGAAAACAUCCCCAAGCUGGACAGCAAGAUGGAAACAUCAGCUGAGCAAGUAAUUCAUAUAGACCUCGUUGACAAAACCGAGAAGCCUGGCAGCAAAGACCUGAUGGAAAAGACGAGUCGACGAGAGGAUGCACCUGCUUUCAACAUCAAAGAUAUUAAAAAUGUAUUUGAAACGGGCGAGCAAAGUUCCCCCAUCAAAGCUCCACAAAACAAACAGGGGGAACGAGACUCAAGAGUGAUCGAAAUUGCAUCGGAAAGUUCAAAGCCUGUGCUUCCUCCGGAGAGAGAACAACGCUCCCAGCGCAGCUACUCUCACGCGCCUGUCGAUCCGACGGGCUUCUCGGUGACAAAAACUGAACAUUAUUCUUCUGUGGAACAGUUCAGUACCAAAAUUAUCGAAUCAAGAAGCUCUACAACGCACAGCGAAAGCGUUACAACUCAGCGGGUGCCGUUCUCGUACGCCGACGCCGUGAGGAAAACCACAACGGAGGUGACGGCGUCACCAGAGGCCUCUGCGGAGGAACUCAUGAAAAACUUCCACAAGACGUGGACAGAAAGUGAGAGUGUGUUUAAAAGUUUGGGCGUCACAGAUUCGAGUCCCAAAGUCGGAGAUGUGUGCAGUGUGCAGGAUGAGGGUGUAUCCUAUGGAAGGCCUGAUAGCAGACAAAAAGAAGUUCCAUAAAUCCUGCUUUUUCUGUGAAUGCUGCAAAAAUAAAUUGAGCCUUGGAAACUUUGUCUCCCUCCAUGGACAUUUCUACUGCCAGCCCCAUUAUAAACAACUCUUCAAAUCUAAAGGGAAUUUCCAGGAAGGAUUCGGACAAGUAUCGCAGAGGGAAUUAAUGGCCACCCGGAAUGCAAGGAAUGCCGAGCGCGGAGGGUCCGACUGGAGAUAUUUACUCUCACAAAGCAGCGUCUGCUCGCCAACGGACACCUUUGAAAACGCUGCAAAUAAACUGGACGAAAAAGUCUGUCAGAACCCCAACAAGAUUGCUGUAGUGUGGCCGCCGCAAUCGGCCUCAUCGGAAAACGCCCGGUAUGGGAAAUUUGCGAAACCAAUUUGGCCCCCAAAGAGCGAAACUUCAAAGUCUCCGCGACGGAGAGCAUCUGAGAGGAGCACACUUUAAGAGGAGAGAGCGAGAGAAACGCGUGAGACUGUUAGAGCAACAUGAAGAGUCAUGGAGACUUUAGGAACACGGAAGGACGUCACACAAUGAUGAUGAGCUUUGAUUGAGCUUUGCCCUCGGACGGGUGGAGAAAGUUGGAGAGAGAGGCAAUGGAGGUGAAGAGGUUACAGGAAGAUGAUACGGAUUGUGGGAAAUGACAAAUGCGUUGAAUUUAUUUAUAUAUAUGUAACAGAGUCAAGCCAGUGAAGUGCUGAGCAAGUAUGUAAACCUCACUCCUCUGCCUCAAGGACUCUCUAGCGACAAGCGCUAGAGACUGCGGUCUUUAGCCUCCUUGCUAGAGCGCCCGACUCCUGUGCAGAAGCCCGCCUGGAGCAGUUGUGGUUCGUUUCGUCACAUAUAUAUAUAUAUAGUGUAUAUUUAAAGCAGGCUCAGAUGGUUUGUAUGUUAUGUAGGAAGAAAGAAAAAUUGAAAGUGGAAAAUGAAGAGACAUUAGAUAAUUUAAGCCCCGAAUCUCACAAAAAACAUAUCUGCAUCACAUCGAAAGUACAUUUUGCUUGAAAGAAAAAGAAGCCUCUUUUGAGAAUACUUAGCAGUACUUUUUACCUUUAAUCUAUCUUUUUAAGUAAAACGUGACCUGGGUGUGUUUCCACGAGAUUCACCAAUUUUGCGAAUGUUUUGCUAUAACAAGUCAAGUUGAGAGUAAAUAUAAUCAACAAAACACAACAUAUUGAAUAAUCAGUUGCCAAAUUUCAGUUUCAGAAAACAUCACAAGGUCCAUCGAGGGAAGACAAUUUCAACACUAGAUUGGACUCACAUCACUAUUUUUUUAUUAGCCUAUUUAUAUGAUUCUAAUGUUAUACUGGAGAUUUCUCAUACCUUUGCAAGCACCUGGAGUGCCACGACGACAGAAGAUGAGCAAAACACAUUUGUGAAUGUUCUGGAUGAUCUUUUUAUGUUAAUGUUCUUCUCAUAUUUUAUGAGGAAGGCUUUUUUUUAGACUUGUCUUCUGU